AUGGGCCUUCCUAUACAUUUUGUUGUUGACCCUCAGGGAUGGUUCUGCGUGGGAGUCAUUUUCUUCAUCUGGCUGUACAACACUCUGUUUAUUCCAAAGCUUAUUCUCUUCCCCCGCUUUGAGGAAGGAGACCUUUCCCCAGCUGCUAUAUGGGGUAAGUGUUUUGUAACUUAUGGUUUACCCUCCUACCACAUCCAUCUGGAAUUGUUCAUCCUACAUACACACUACAAACAAUUUUGUGUGAUAAUUCUCUAGCAACAUUCCAUCACAGCUCAGUAUGUAUGCAUUAAGUAUGUUAUUAUGUACUUUGAGUAUGUCAUGCUUACUCAUAUCUGGAAAUGCAAAUUAUUAUUAUUUUCCAUUUAAACAUUUAAUGUGUAUUUUGUCUUAGAUCCAAACAGAAGAGUAGCAGAGAUCUCCACUAUUUGGAAUGAAUGCAAAAUAAAAAUGUUUAACAUUAUGUUGGCUGGCUGUUUAAAAACAAAAUAUACAGUGCAAUACAUACACACAUAUAUAUAUAUAUAUAUAUAUACACACACAUAUACAUAUACACCUCAACUAAUAAUAGGAGUGAUAUUAGUGACUUGUUUACAUUUAAUUAUGUGUGAGAGAUAAUUAAAUGCCUAAAAUUGCUUCAAGCAUCUACAUGUUUGUCUUCACACUAGUAUUGUUAAAUAUGGCUUGCAUCAUUUGGGAGGGGGGUACUAUUCCAUCCAUCUUUUAAUCUAUACUUUUGAAUAUAAUAUAUUGUAUUAUAGACUAAUAUGUAGUCCUAGCAAAUGGAAAUGCUGUCAUGAGGAGUAUUUUAUGAACUCCUCACGGCACUUAGUGGUGCUUGAAUCAGACCCCUCCCCCCCACCGGUAUGUGCAAUUUUAAUAACUUAAAAGUUAUUAAUAUGCCAAAACAAUAUAUCACACUUAAUACAUUACAAAACUUUAUUUUACCCUGGCAAGGUGUUAGGGUAAGUAUACCCUAAAUUACAAAACCUGGGAAAACCAACAAUAGAAACAGAAUAGACAUAUUACCGGCCAUUAGCGUGGCCAGGUUUAUCGUAUAUAUAAAAGAGAAAUCAUGGUCAAUAGACAAGCCAUUUUCAGUGUAACAAAUUAGCGGAUAAUCAGAGUUAUUAAGCAUGUCACAGUUACAGUGGUACUCAGAAUCCAAAACACAAGCUUGAGAAACCAGAAAUACUAAGAAUAUCAAGAAUUUGCUAAUCAUGUACCAGAACAGAAACUACAACAGGGCAAUAAAAAAAAGGUGUAAAUCUGCUUACGUGCAUACUGAUUGGUUCAGAUCACUCCUGCAACCCCAAAUCAGUAAGAGAAUGGGGUCGUCUGAGAGUCCAUAAGUGAUGGGGGGCACUUUAAUUUUAUAAAAGGACAUGACCUGCAAGUAGGCAGCGUCCAUCAAUCUGCCAGGGAGAGGGGAAGACAGCAUACUUGUUAACGCCACAAUGUAAGCUAUGUUAUUUUUAGUCUGAAUCAAGAAUGCAUUAUUCUGUUGCUUUUUAUUUUCCAGACGAGGUGGAAUAAACAUCCAAGGUUUUUUUCAUGUAUGAUAGCAUCCAAAUAUCUCUCAUUGGAGAUAUUAAAUUAUUUACUAUUUAAAUAGCCUUAACUGACAUUUCAUUUGAAAUGUAUUUGUUUAAAUAUCUUAUAAAUUCUAGACUUCUUUUUGGUGCACUUAGGAGUAGUGUGUUCUUCUUUUUAAAUGAAAUGUUUGAAUUCAACUAUCAGAAUUAGUGUACAUACACCUUUUACUUUUAAUAUGAUGCUACAAUAAUGGUACGAGGGUUUUAAUAUAUUUGAUAGAUGCAAGAGUCCAUCAGAUAGUGUUGCUAUUACCCAAACUAUAAAAGUGAUGACAACAUUCAUUUUAGUGAAUCCAUGUGCUUCAUGUAGAACGAGUCUGUGUUUUACAUUAGAUUAUUUUUAUUUAUUUUUUUUUAUUAUUUUUACUUUCCCCCCCCUAGCUUACUAUGCAGCUUCCUUGUUUUGUGUUGUUUCACUUGUGAGAGCCUCAACUGCAGACCCCGGCAAACUGCGAGAAAGUCCAAGGAUACCUCUGACAGGUAGUGAUUUUACAUUAUUUUAGGUUUUGCUUUCUUGAGAAGCAGUCUCCAAUAUGUUGUGAAAAUAUUUAUUAAAGUGGCAAAACAGGCAGGAAUUGUCCCCCAGGUCUUGAAAAAAAAAAAAAAAAAAUACAUUACAAUUUUUUUCCCCUUACUGUCCUUGAGCUACAUAAACCUGAGAAAUUGUUACCUUUACAAACAGUAUGUUUACAAAUAUACUUCUUAACACAUACUGUUCCUUCUGUACUAUAUUGGUGGACAAGUACAUUGUGACAAUAUUUAGACACGCAUGCUCUUUGAUUAAUUCCUGCAGUGCUGUUGGGGUGUUUAACAGUUGGUAUUAUGUAGUUCAAGGCAGUUUCCUGUAUUUUUUCCCUUAUUUUAAAGCUGUCCUGACCUAGGUUGACCAUUGCUGUAACUAGUUUUAUUUUUCUUCUUGAAUGAUCUGCUAUUCAGAAAAGCACAUGGUUAUUCCAGGGACAGUAAAACCUUGUACAGUAGAUUCUAUGUUUUGCUAAUCGGGUACCAGAACAGAAACAACAAAAGAGCAAUAAAAAGGUGUAAAUCUGUUUAUGUGCAAAAUUAAAGAGUUUUACUUUAUUUCCCCCGGUGCUCCCAUCUUGCAUUGGCUGCCCCUACUCUGCUUGCUAUAUUAAUAAUCCCAGCCAAUGCAAUGCUUACUUAUAUGGAAGAGGUGGGAGGCUAGUGCGCAUACAUUGCAAUUGCCGUGCUGCACCAAUUAUAGAGAUGCAUUUACUCAGUGCAUCUCUAUGGGAAACGUUUGCGGUCAUCAUGCAGAGCAUCAGUCCUGCAGUCUUGGCAGGACCUCAAACAGGAAGUCCCUCUAGUGGCUGCCUGAAGGACAGAUACUAGAGGUGGCAUUAGGCAGCAAUGUAAACACUUCCUUUUCUCUGAAAAUGCAGUGAUUACACUGAUGAACCAAACGUAACAGUCUCUUUGCCGUAGAACCAAUAUGUUGUAGUUUCCAUUUAAGACUGAUCCCAUCCACAACAACAGAUCAAAACCAAAAUACAGGUUGCAGGGCCGGCGCGCCCUAUAGGCGAUUUAGGCAGUAUAUAGGACUCAAGUUUCGAGUGACCUGGCAGGAGGGAAGCGCACAACAUUCCUUCUUGUCCGUCACUCUGUGUAGCGUGGCCGGGCGGCGCGGACAGCUAUACAGGAGCUUUUGUUUCCUGUACCCGGCCAGACUGAAAGGAAGUGCUCUCUCAGUGAGCACUUCCUGUCAGUCCGGCCGGGUACGGGAAGCACAAGCUCCUGUACAGCGGUUCGCGCCGCCCGGCCACGUUACACUGAGGGAGAUGGGAGAGACCAUUAAGGGGGGGAGGUGGGGGAAAGACCACUGGGGUGGACAGACCACUAAGGGGGGGAGAAACCACGAAGAGGGAGGUGGGGGGGCGGAAACCAAGAGCCAAGAGGGGUGAGAACUCUAAGAGUCAGGGGGAGGGAGAGCACUAUGGGAACGGGGAGAGGGCAGGGGAGAGCACUAAGGGACAGGAGGGGAGAUCACAGGAGGGCAGUGGAGAGCACUAAGGGACAGCGGGGGCAGGGGAGAUCACUAAGGGAUGGGAGAGCACUAAGGGAUAAUAGGGGAUGGGAGAGCACUAAGGGGCAGGAAGGGAGGGGAGAGCACUAAGGGGCAGGAGGGAAAGGGACAACACUAAGACACUAAACACAUACACAAUGCAUCCUUACACAUACACAGAAACACACAAUGCAUGCCUACACACUGUCACGGGUGGCGGUAUGGAAACCGGGACACCUGAGUGCCAGAUGAGAAGUGGGAGUCUUCAGCGUGGAAGUGGAUUACAAGGCCCGGUGCAGGGUAACCGCACCCCCCUGGUGUUGAGUACCAGCGUUUGUGCGGCCACAAACCAAGACCCUGUUGCAGCUUAGUGGAAGCCAGAGCAGAUGAAUGCUAAGAUGUAUCCAGUACUGAAACAAGGCAAGGCUAGGAUAUUCACCAAACAUGAAAACAAGACAGAACUAAUAGAACCCAGAACCAGAGCAGGACAGAAAGCAGAACAUGUACACAAGACAUAAGGGAACAUUAACUAAACAGGGGCAGGACAGGACUGUACAUGGACUGGGAAUACAAACUAAAACAAGACAAGAUAUAAUAGGCAAAACAAGAGGAGACAUAACUAAGCACUAUAUAUGAAAAGUAUGGGGAUUUAGUUACAUUAUAUGAUCAUACAUUGCAUAAGCCUGCCACAACGCCUAUGUACACCAUAUUCGGCAGGUCCUACACUGCCUAAUGUUCCUUAAAACAACCAAAGAAGACAUUUAUAGCACUUACCUGCAAGAAAGGGCAGAAGCCUUGAGCAGCUGCCUGCAGGAACACUGAAACAAGAGGAAUGAUGGAAAACAGACAGGUGUGGCAACAUAAAACAAACAUUUAAAGGAAACCUGGAGACUGGGAAUCCCAGGGAUGGAUUACAGGAAUGAACCCAGAAAUCCCAGCAAUAAAGAAAACCAGACAUAGACUCGAAAACCAGAAAAACCAAGAAAAACUAAACAAGAAUUGUAAAAAGAGUUCUGGAUAGUAGAAGCCAAGGCCAGACAUCUCCACAGAACAGAGCAGGAUGUGACACAGAAACAUACAAUGCAUCCCUACUCACAUACAGACACACCGAAACAUACAAUGCAUCCUACACUCACACAGAAACACACCAUGCAUCCAUUACACACACACAAUGCAUACCUCACAAACACACACACAAUGCAGCCCUUGCACACAUCCACAGAAGCACACACUGCUUUUUUUUAAUGCAUCUCUUACACACACUAAAUGCACCCAUUACAGACACACACACACUGCAUUACAUUACAUACACCGAAACCUUGCUUCCCUGCUUCCCUUACACCUACAAAGAUUCACACACUGCAUCCCAUAUAUAUAUAUAUAUAUAUAUAUAUACACACACACACUACAUCCCUUACACAAACUGGUAUCCUUAUACACUACAUUCCAUAAGAACACACACACAUUACAUCCUCUAAAAUAACACAUAACACAUACUCUACACACAUACACUCCACUCCCUGUGAGUGAACUCAUGGGUGGGUCUUGUAGGCAUAAGGCUUGUGUUGCGGGCCUUGUAGGCAUACACACAGCCAGACUGCGAUCUGUUUGAGCUCCUAAAAAAUGGAACUGCUUCCUGUUAGUUGAUUUUUGUGAGCACUGCCUCCAGAGAGCCUGUUUUAACAUCAGACCAGUGGAGCCAGACUGCAGCCUGAGCCCAUCACCAUCCUCUUGUUCUCAUCUGGUGGUAAGUAGGCAAUCCAGUAUAUUAUUAGUGGCACUAAUCUCUAAUUUACCUCACAUUUAAGGGGCAAUAUAGUCACCAGAACCACUACAGCUUAAUGUAGUGGUUCUGGUGUCUAUAGCCUGUCCCUGAGGCUUUUCAAUGUAAACACACUGUCUUUUCAUAUGGCAUAUGGCAGAUCAUAUGAGUGGGGCAUUGUGAUGUCACAUGGUGGGAAGAGUAUAUGGGGGGGAAGGGGGAGGGGCAAAUUUUUGUUUGCCUAGGUAGGCAAAAAUCCUUGCACCGGCCCUGACAGGUUGGGUCCCUUCUGUAUUAGAGAUGGCUGAAUCCCAGACAAGCCAGGGACUGGAAGAUCUGAAACAUUAACUGUGUCAUCCUGAAUUUCUUGAACAAUUAUUAAACCUUUUGACCAUGUCUGCAUGCUUAAUAUUUAGAAUUAUUGCCAUCUAAUUUGCAGCCUGGUGAGUUUUUGUGUUUGCAUGUGCAUAGUUAUAAUCAAGAAAAUGCGUGAGAAUGUAUGAAAUUCUCCUUGACUAACAUGCAAUACUUGUUUAUUUUUGUGAUACAUCUCUUGAUACAUACAUGUUUUGAUAAGUAGUCUGACUAGCUAAAAAUAUUCAGUAAAGUGUGUAUUGGUUUACUUCUUUUCUGAGAUUGUGGCUCCAUAGCAACUGUAAAGCUUCAUCAAACAAUCUAUUUUGGUGUAUACAAAGCCAAGAGUAUGCUAUAAGAGUGACAGUAGCCUGUAUAUUUGUUCUUAGAACCCUGUUAAGCCUGCUAAACUUCCCUUACCCUUCAAACAUUGUCCUGUCUACUGGAAAGUAAUAUAUUCAUCCUCAACACAUACAUACAUACAUUAUUAACCCCUUAGUGAUUGACGACAUACGCUUUAUGUCUUCAUCACACAUACACAAACUGUGGAUGGGGGGCUUUUUUCAUUUAAAGGACCCCAAACUCCUCACUUGUGAGGCAAUCAGACAGUAGCCCCCAUGGCUAACCAUGCUGAAAGCUUUCGGAUACCGUUCCAUGAGGGUUCCUGCAAUAACAUUACAAAGGCUGUUACAAACCGUCACAUCAUUUUGAUGCCUCAGCUCAUGCUACAGGGCUGUAGACAGUCACUUUACACACCGAGAUCAGUGUGUACAGGGCUAUUUCUGGCUGCCUCACAUGUAAAGCAGUUCAGCCGUAGAGCCGAGGCAUUAUUAUCUUUGUGACUGCCUCUCACUGCACUCACUGAUCCUAAAGUAUCUUUGAAGGGGUGGAGGUAGUUUUUGCUGCACUUGUGUAUAAGUUAGUUAGGCAUGUAGAAUUUUGGUGCAGGGUUAAAAAAGGUUUAGGACAGAGGACAUAUAGGACAGUGGUCUUGUAUGUUUAAACCUGGCUUGGAAGGUUAAACACACCUAUAACGGCGCUUCUUCUGCACUGACAGAGUAACGUGACGCUACAGGUCAUAGGGAAGCAUUGAAUACAAUUGUUUCCUAUUGGGAAACUUUGCUGCAUGUUUGGUUCUGGAAAAAGAUGAGUAAAAAGCUUCUCCAAUGGUUAAUGUAAAUUCAAUAUGGUAUGCUGCGCAUAAUCUACACGUGACAAGUUAGUCCUUCGAUUUAGCAUUUCUGAGAACUCUUGAUUCCACAAUUCUCCCAGACUGCCCCACUGGUUAUGUAAAAAAGUACAGAUCUGAUUCAUACUUUAUCAUGCAUUUGAUGCAGACACUCUUACACUGUUUGAAACACUGAUUUUUCAGCUAAAGGAGAAGUUAUGGAUCAGAAGAAGUCUGAAACAUGUUGCCACUCUGAGCACAUUUACAUAUCCAGCAGGGUGUUCUGGGAGAAUUGUGAAUAUAUGAUUUCUCAGAAUUGCAGUGCCAUAAGAGAAAACAUUAAUGUAUUUUAUCAUGGAGAGUUUUUACUUGUGUGUUACCUAAGUGUAUGUCUUGAUGCCCCUGACAUUGACGCUUGUCAGUUCGGUGUCACAGAUAGUGUCAACUUAUUAAAUAGCAUCUCUAGGGCAUGUCUAAUUUGAUACUAUAUGUUCUAAACAACAAACUAUCAAAAAAGUGAAUUUGAGUAAUACAGAAUUGCUCUGAAUGGCUCUCCUUUGGCUUGUUGUUAAAAUAAAAAGUGUACAGAGGAAGAUGGAGCAGAGAAGUAAAUGUGAAAAUAAAACCUCUUGUUAAUAUUGUUGUUUUCCUGUUAGAGAAAGAAUUAUGGGAAUUGUGCAAUAAAUGCAAUAUGAUGAGACCCAAACGGUCCCACCACUGCAGUCGCUGUGGCCACUGUGUCAGAAGAAUGGAUCACCACUGUCCAUGGUAAGACUAAAUUUGAGUGCUUGACUCCUUCUUAACCCAACCUUCUGCAAAUGGCUCUUAAGCAUUUUUCUUCUGCCUUUAUUUUGAAGCUAUGUUCUUUGAAAUUGUACAUUAGCCACAAUUUGUGCUGAUUAUUACAAUAAACCAAAAAUUACAAUAUCAUAAAACGUUCCCUCAGGAAACAAAAUGUGUAACUGUGGCAAAUGCAGUGAUGUGGUUAACUAGGUGUGGAAUAGUUAGUAUGGAAUGCGAAAGUAAGAGUGGCUAAUUAGGUAAUUGAGGAUUGUGAUUGUGCUUAAAUAAGUAUUAAACAAGUAUGUGUGAAUAUUGGUAAUUAAGUGUGUAAGAAUGAAGCAGUCUCUGCUUAGUGCUUAAAGAGACACUAUAGUCACUAUAGUGGUUCUGGUGUUGAUAGCCUGACCCUGCAGGCUUUUCAAUGUAAAUGCUGCAUUUUUAGAGAAAAGCCAGUGUUUUACAUUGGUGCCUAGAAACACCUCUAGUGGCAGUCACUCAGACGGAAUACUUUGCAGCACUGGCAUUACUGCAUGGAGACGCUGAACAUUCCCAAUUGAUUCAAUGCAUCUAUGAGGAGAUACCUAUUGGCGCAGUGAUUUGCUGCUCAUGGGCAAUACCCUCCCAAUGCUUGGCAUGGCAUGAUUGGAGCAGACCCGUGACCUAAACAGCCACACCAGCAGCACUAUAGUAUCAGGAAUGCAUGUCUAUAUUCAUGAGGCUACAGUGUUCCUUUAAUAAUGAGACUUUCAAUUUUAGACCAUAAAUGAAAAUAAAAUUAACAAAAUUCAUAACUCAUUUGAAUUAGAUAACCUUUUGCUUAGUAUUCAACUUCUAUGGUUUAUUCAGAAAGUAUUCUUUAUGUUGCAGCCUUAUUUUACACUCGUUUAACCUCCCCUCCCCCCCCAGCUCUACUCAGUACCCCAUAAUGACAGAGCACAAAAAUAUAUAUAUUAUUUUUUGUUUUGUUUACAUUAUUGCAAAUAUUUUAAACAAAAAAAAAAAUCUCUCAUUGACUCAAGUAUUCAGACCCUUUACUCAUACUGUACUUAUUUGAAGCACUGUAUGUAGCGAUUAUAGCCUCAAGUCUUUUUGGCUGUAAUGCAACAAAGGUUUCUGGACCAACUGAGGGAAAGAUCAAUGGAGAAAAACAGUCUCCCAGUUCCUGCUGCUGAGAAACACCCCCAAAGCAUGAUGCUGCCACCAUCAUGCUUCACUGUUGUGAUAAUUUUGCACAGGUGAUGAGAGGUGCCUUGUUUCCUCCAGACAUAACUUUUUCAAUUGAGGCCAAACAGAUCAGUCUUUGUUUAAUCAGACCAGAGAAUCUUGUUUCUUACAGUCAGAGUUCUUAGGUGCUGUUAUACAAACUCCAAGUGAGCUUUCACCUGUCUUGCGGUGAGGAGAGGCUUCUGUCAGGCCAGUCAGUCACCUCUCCUACCAAGGCCCCCGAUUGCUCAGUUUGGCCACACGGCCAUCUCUAGAAAGAGUCCUGAUUGCACAAAAUGUCUUCCAUUUAAGAACUAUGGAGGCCACUGUGUCCUUGGGAAGCUUCAAUUCAGCAAAGAAAUGUUUGUAAUCCUUUUCCAGGUCUGUACUUUGACACAAUAAUGCCUCUGAGCCCUGCAGGCAGCUCCUUUUACCUCAUGGCUUGGUUUUUGCUCUGAUAUGCAUUUACAGGUGUGAAACCAUAUAUGGAGGGGUGUGUACCUUUCCAAAUUAUGUUCAAUCCAUUGAAUUUGCCACAGUGGACUAAAAUUAAAGUGUAGAAUCGUCUUGAUGGUAAUACAGAGAAAUGGGAUGCAUCUCUGCAAAAUUUCACUAGUCAUAAUAAAGAUUAUGAAUACUUAUGGCAUUGUGAUAUCUCGGCAUUUUCUUUUUAACAAAAUGUAUGUUUUCAAACAUCUGGUUUUUAUUUUGUCAUUAUGAAGUAGUGAGUGUAAAAAAAAAAAAAAGUAAUUUAACCAAUUGUAUCAUAAGGCUGCAGUACAAAAAAUGUGAGACAAAGGGGUCUAAAUACUUGCUGAAUGCAUUGCAUAUACAAGCACUGAUUGAGACAUUUGCUGUUCUAUUUAUUCUUACUGAACACGGAGUACAAUAUUAAAAAUACAUUUUUAGCACUUUAUUUUUUUUAAAGGAGCACUCCAUAGCUAUGCCCCCAAUAAAAACAUAUAUGCAUUUAUUUCUGUAUUUUUUCUUAUGAAAUACACCAGUCAUAAAUUGCUUGUUGAGAAGAAAGCCUUUGAUAUUGCUGCUCUCCUGUGCAUCUCAAUGAGCUGUAAAACAGCUCGUUGGGAACACCAUUGUGCCCUAGCUCGCCUCCAGCCACCUCUGUGCAGCUAAUGGAAGAUGAAAAAUAGCCAUGAAGGUGCUUCUGCUCCCAGUUAUAAAAGUGACGAUUUCUAAAUAUCAGAUGUGACAGACUUAAGGCACAUGAAGCAUUUUAGCAAACUGAAGUGCUUUAUUUUCAUGAAGUGUUCCUUUAAGCUACUCAAAACCAACACUGAUUAGACAAUCUGGGCCAUUUGAGAAAGCUGUCUUUCGUGAAGAGAGGCAGGGCCUGGGUACAAUUGGAUAUGCUUGUUAAAGUUAUCAUUGCUUCUCCUUCCUGCAGUGGCUUUGGUUCGGAGCCUCUAGAAAGCCAGUGCUAGUUUCGUUCCCACCACCUGUACAGUAAAUUUAACUCACUUGGUAUGCUCGCCCAGGCUUGUUUUCCUUGCAGAAACCACAACUGGAAAUUUUGAGUGCUGGGUGAUGCUAUUCAACAUCUGUUCUGUUCUUAUUUAUACAUAUCUCCUGAAAUGUUGUAUAUUUUAUGUGUUUUUUCUAGAUCAAGGAGGUGGACAUAUUUUAGCUAUGUUCUCAUUUCUGUUUUCCCCUUUCCAUAGGAUAAACAAUUGUGUAGGUGAAGAUAACCAUUGGCUGUUUCUACAGCUCUGCUUCUACACACAGGUCCUCAGCGGCUAUACUUUGAUUCUAGAUUUCUGCCACUACUAUUAUUUUCUACCUCUGAAAAGCAUCAAUUGGGUAUGAAGUCAUACUGUUCUUUCAAAAAACAUGUUUUUAUUUUUUUGUCUUCUUCUUAUACAUGAAUUGUUAAUGAUGUUUUCACAGUAAGCUAUCUAAAAAUGUUUUAACGGAGUAUACAAGCAUACACCAGAUGCUUACAUUGCUCCAUUUUAUAUUAUAAUUGGUAUUUAUAUACUGCCAAUUUAUUCCGCAGCUCUUUACAAUAAUAAUUAAUUACAAAAUUAUUCAGAGACAAUAGGUAUAUGAGGACCUUGCUCAGACGAGCUUAAAGUUUAGAGGAUGUGGGUUAUAAAAUACAAUAGGAAAGACAUCAAGGGGGACAGCAAACAAAAAAGGUGGGAAAGUUGCAGAACUGGAGGCGAGAGUGGAGUGUGAACAUUUAGGAGAGAGCCAGAGACAGAUUUGUGAAAUAGAAAUUACUCUGGAAGGCCAUAUGUAUUUCUGCAAAAAUGGGUAUUGAGGGACUUCUUAAAUGAUUGAACUAGAAGAGAGUCUGGUGGUAGGCAGGCUAUUCCAAAGGAAAGGAGCUGCCCGUGAAAAGUCCUACAAACGCGAAUUAGCAGUAAGGGUGUGUGCAGCGGACAGGAAAAGAUCACCGGUAGAGCGGAUAGACAGAGAAGGGUCAUAUCAACAAAAUGGUGAAGAUAUAUAACUGGCUAGAGUUGUUUUGAGCUUUGUAGGUAAGGGUUGGUAUUUUGAAUUGACACCUAUAGGAUACAGGAAGCCAGUGUAAGGAUCGACAGAGUGGCGACGUGUGAAAGGAGUGACUAGAGAAGGAUGAGCCUGGUGGCAGCAUUCAUUACAGAUUGUAGCUUCUGGAGAGACAGGUUAGGAGAGAAUUACAUUAAUCAAUGCGAGAAAUUACUAGAACAUUAAAACAAGCUCUUUGGCAGAAUCUUGCGUAAGAGAAGGGCAGACACAGGCAAUGUUUUUGAGGUGGAAUCUACAGGUUUUAGCAACAUACUGGACCUGAGGCACAAAGGUGAGUCCAGGAUCACAGAAAACACCAAGCUUGCAAAAAUGGGCUGAUGUGAAUAUCAACUAUCAACUUGCAGGGAGAGUGAAAGAGGAGCAUCAAAAUUAUGAUGAGGAAAAAUAAGAAGCUCUGUUUUAGAGCGAUUGAGUUUUAAAAAGUGGGAGGGCAUGCAGUCAUGGAUGGAAGAUAAAAGAAAAGAGAUAUAUCAGGGUGUCACUGACGUACAGGUGGUAGUGGAAUCUAUGAUAUGUAAAAUCUAAAUACUGUGAAUAUCCUCUGUGUGUAUUCACACACCCUGUCUAUUUUGAUGGGUUGUUUUUUUUGUUUUUAAAUGAUGUUUUCUAGUCCUUGCUUUUCUUGCUCAAAUAGAAUAUUUGUAAGCAGCUUAUUGUCUAAUAUAUAUGCAUAAGAAAAGCAGCAGAGGGCACCCUUGUAUAAUAACUGGUAGUAAAUUCUCUUGUAAGGCAGCAGAACAUGUUUCUUAAAGAGACACUAAACCGGAACUCUUGCAUUUUAUAAUUUGAGAGAAUAGAGAAUCAAAAAAACAAAACAAAGAGGUUUAGUACUAAAAAAAAGAACAUAGUUUCUUAAUGGAAUUAUGUAAAAACAAGUAAAAAAUACUUUCCUUAUAUUCUUGCUUUCAUGUUAAUUCAACAUACCAUAUUUUAAUAAAAAUUAUACAUAUUUAUGGCAAAUCAUUUUUUUAAGUUUAUCUUUAAAAUAAUUGCUUGAAUAUUUUUAUAUAUAUCUUUAGUUCUGUAAUUUUGUUCAUUUUCAUUACAGGACUUAUUCAUAUUUCGACACGAGCUGGCCUUUCUUAGGAUAUCAACGUUUAUGGGCAUUCUCAUGUUUGGUGGCAUGUGCAGUCUUUUCUACACACAGGUUAUUGGCAUACUAACCGUACGUGACAUUCCAUUUAAUUUCAUCAUUUUCAUUCUGUCUGAUAUUAAAAAUCAAUCAUAGCAGUGUGUUUGCUAAUAUUGUUGUUAGACAUUGCUACAUACACCCUUUUUGAGCCCUGCACCAAUAAUGGCUGUCUGAGAACCACACAGUCAUGACUGCAAAGCCUCCAAACAGGGUCAGAUUUGCUUUUAAGAGGUUAAUCCAACCAAAAACAGUGUUUUAAUAAAUGGAGUAACCCUUACUGGCAUGCCACGCCCUCCCCUCACUCUCCCCCCAUCCCCACUAAAAUAAAGAAAAUAAGAAAAUUUAAUUACACGCUUUCUCUGUGUUUGCUGGACAAGCAGCAUCCCCAACAUUUAUUUUCAAUUGUACAAGUCCAUACAAGUAGCCUCCAAACACAUGUGUUUGUAGGCAACUAGUGGGGUUCAGUGUGUGGGAUGCUGCUUGUGAUGUUGUGUUCCUGUAUGUCAACAUGUGUUAGAAUUAUUUGUAUUCUUUUACCUAUUGUACUGCGCUGAAUAUGUUAGCACUAUAUAAAAGGUUGUAAUAAUUGCAUGUGUGCGUGUGUAUGUGUGUGUGUAAGGAGACUGUAUGCAGUAUUGCAAUGGUGGGGAGGUUGCAUUUGGUUUUCCAUGUGUGGGAUUGUGUGCAUACAGUGAUGCUCCUGGUGGGUUUGAGUGUGUGGUUGAUUAUCUGCAGUGUUGUAUAUGGAUGGAGAUGGCUGGUUGUAUUGCAGUGUGCGUGGUAGGGCCUGUUGUAUGUGUGUGGGAUAGGGACCAUAUUAGGCGUCUGGACGGAUACUGGGGCUGUAGUGAGUAUUUGUUUGAAUAAUAGAGGCUCUACUGUGUGGGGGAUAUAAAGGCUGCAGUUUGUUUGUGCAUGUGGAUAGUGUCUGCAGUGUGUGCAUGUGUGGAUAUGAGCUGUAGUAGGUGCAUGGGGGGAUAGUGGCUAAAGUAAAUGCAGGAGUGACAGGGGCUACACUGGGUGCUGGAAAGCAUAGGGGCUACAUUCGGUGCAGGGAGGGAUAUGGGCUGUAGUGGACGAGACAGAGAUAGGUUCUGAGGUGGGUACAGGGUGAAUUAGGGGCUGUGGUGGGUGAAAGGGGAUAGGGGCUGAUGUGGAUUCUGAGGGAGAUGGAGAAUGAGGUGAGGGGAGCCUAGGGCUGAGGUGGGUAGAGACCAUAAGGGCUGAGGUGAGUCCUGGUGGAGAUGGGUGAAGGCAGGCCUAAGUGGGUGCUGGGGGAGAUAGGGCCUGAGGUAGGUGGAGGGAGGCAGGCUUGGGGCUGAGGUGGGGGGGUAGUGCUGAGGUGGGUGCUGAUAGAGAUGAGGGCUGGGUUGGUGGAGGUGGACCUGGGGCUGAGGGAGAUGGGGACUAAGGUGGGUGGAGGAGGGCCUGGGUCUGAGGUGUGUGGCGGGGGGCCUGGGGCUGAGGGAGAUGGGGGUUGAUGUGGGUGCAGGGGGCCUGGGGCUGUGGGAGAUGGGGGUUGAGGUGGGUGGAGGGAGGUCUGGGGCUGAGUGCUGUGGGAGAUGGGGGCUGUGGUGGGUGGAGAGGGACCUUGGGCUGAUGGAGAUGGGGGCUGUGGUGGGUGGAGAGGGACCUUGGGCUGAGGGAGAUGGGGGUUGAGGGGGGCCUGGGGCAGAGGGAGAUGGGGGCUGAGAUGGGGAUUGAGGUUAGUGAAGGGGGGCCUGGAGGAUUUACAUACCUGCUGCUUAAGCCACUCAGCAGGAAAGAAGGAGAGGAGGGCAGGAAGGUAUGUAACUUCCAUUCCCCUGGGCCCUGCCUCCUCCCUUCACACCAGAGCUCCGCACAAGAAAAGGAUGGAGGAGACCUGGUACAGAGCAAUAUUGCUGCCAGGUCUCACUCAGAAGGUGAGGGGGACACUUCAGGGGCUUGAUGUGCAAUUUUGCCUCCCUGGCUGGGGAGAUCUCUGAUCUCCCCAGCCAGAGAGAGUGCAUGGCUGUUCAGGCAGCUGGGCCCCUGACUGCCUCGAGUGGUCAGUCCGCCCCUGUUUACAGACAGAUUCCCUAACAGACACACUCACACAUUUACUGAUUCUGACACACUAACACACAUUUUCUCAUACACUCACAAAUUAUUAUUGUUAUAUUUUAUUUUAAAUCCGCCCAGCAUCCCUAUCUUUGAGAGAGCUGGAGUGGAUUCUUUCCACUCCAGUCCAGCUGUGCUGCUGGGUGGGAAGACGACUGGCUUGUAGAUAUGCAAUGGAGACGGAGAGGGAGCUGUAAACUUCUUGCUCUGCUGCCUCGCACGCCGCUUAGUAAUGCCGGGGCUGGAGUGACUUCAUUUCCCGACAUCACAGCAGAGUGCGCGAGGGAGCAGAGCAAGUAGAGCACAGAGAUCUACAAUAUGCUACAAUAUGCGCAUCCACCUGCUUCGUGGUGAGCCUACGGUGGCCAGCCGACCAGCUCUUUAGCUCUUCAUGACAUGAAGCUCCUCAUGCAUAAGGAAACACUUUUUAGCCUUGUGGUAAAUACAGUGCUGCCUGGAUAGAGCUCUGGGCUUCUAGUGUCACAUGUGCUGGGAGUGCAACUAGCCCCAGGACACAAUUGCAAAUUACCCAGGUUUUGCAGAGUUCCAAGCAAAAACACUGCACAUCCAGACUCCUACCACCAUGACCACUUCAAAAAGCAGAAGUGGUCAUGGUGGUUGGAGUAUCCCUUUAAGGUCUGCCUAGUAGCAAAGGAUUUUAAAUGUUAAGCCCUGAUGGUAUGAUCUGUUUGUUUUUAGUGUGUGGGUGUUUUUGUUUUUUCUAUAGCGGUACAAACCCAAGUUGAAUAUAAAAUUAUUUUUGUGAAAGGCUUACUUAUCUUGAGUUCUGCAACCCAAAUUAAGAAAUUUCUGGUCAUGAACUAUUUGCCGUCUCUCCACAGUGGGUUAAGGCUAGUUCUUGGUUGCGGUGCACAUGUUCAGUGUGUGAUGUUCCUCUGGGUGUGAUAUGACAGGCUAUAAUAUGACAUAAUUGUGUGUCAAUGGGACUUGUCAACUGAUGUAAUAUGAAUCCUAAUGAGGUCUGCAGAAAUCUCCUUUAGGAAGAGCCCCAAAUGAUCUCUUUUGGUGGUUUGACAGUGUGUGAAAGAGGUAACCUUUCCUCUAGCAUUUCCCGGAGUAUUUUCACCCUUCAAACAGAACCCUUGUUUUGUUUUGUUUUUUAUUUGGUUUUCCUUUGGGGGAGGGGGAUGUUUGCAUGUAUAAGUAUUGAUAGUUUUGUUCCCUAUUCUAUGUGUUUGACAGGCAAGUUUAUAGAUUGUUCUGCUCUCUGUACUGAAUACUGUACACUAUUCUACCUGUGAUUAAUAUGAUAGCGCAUCGAUGGCAAACCUAUGACAUGCGUGCCACAAUGGGCAUGCAGAGGCCCCUCUGUUGGCAUACGAACCAAAUGUUCUAGCUUACCAAGGGCCAGCUUUUCCAUUAAGAUGUAUUAGCAGGGUGCACAGUGUCUGAGGAUAAUGCAACCUCCAUCAAAAGAGCCAUAUCUAUUCAUUAUCUUACCAAAUGGGUAACAUAUUAGGUGAAAUAAUGAUUCCAUCAUAGUUAGGUGGUGGAGCACAUGGUCUGCACCACCUUGCUCCCUCAUGGUUUCAGCAGUAAAAGCGCAGUCGCUUGGAUUCCCAGUCAGUGCUCUGACUUUUACACUGAGUGCCAGAUCAGAAGGAGCGAUAAACAUGGUCUGCACCUUCACCUACACCAGUGAAUCAUUAUUAAAAUCACUGGACAACCAGGGAGUUAUCAAUCCCACUGUACCCCCAAUGAUUCAUUACUAACCCCACAAGACCACAUCAGACCAAGCAUUAAAUCCCACUGGAUCACCAGGUAAUUAUUAUUAAACCCAAUUUAACAACCAGGCCACAAGGAAAGAUAGCUCUCUCAUUGCAAAAAAGAUUAAGAUUAAGUGAAGGGACAAACAAAAGUUUUCUAUUUUUUUUAAUUUUAUAAAGGUAGUUACAUUAAAAUAACCACCCAGUACACAUAUCACACACAACUUGACUUGUGUUUUCAAUUUUAAUUGCUGUAUUGCCACUUUGAGAUAAAUAAGUUGGUUUAGCAUUGCAGUUUGGGCACUCCGGUUUUAAAAGGUUCGCCAUAUCUGUCCUAGAGCAUCUGCAUGUUGAUACACUGGAGCAAGUGUAGCUAAAAGGUAGAAUUCCUGGCAAUUAUAGAACUAGAGGUCCUUUGAUGUUUCAACAUUAGGCAAUUUGUCUUAUCAUCAAUCCUGCUCUUAAGCCAAAGUCUGUUCACUGUUUUUUACCAUUGGUUGUGGUUUCAGUUUAGUGUUCUGUCUCAUUUGCAUGUUAAUUAUGUUACUUUCCAUUGUUCUGUGUACAUACAAUAAUGCGUGUCUGACGGAGACUGUACAUUCUGUUCCAGAUCUGCGCAUGUUUUUACUGUGCUAUAGUGUAUGUUCAGCUUUCCUGCCGUGCUGUGAUUUAUAGAUCUCACGCCACCUCCUGGGUAGGUCUUGAUUAAUUAAUGGACCAUAAGUCUGGUCUUGCACUCAUUUAUAUUAAUCAGUUUGAUUAAUGAAGCAAAGACUGGUUUUAGACAUGUUGUCACUCACUGCUGAUUGAGGCAAAUAUUAAUCUGACUUUCAUUGACACUGCUGGGUGUGAGGUUAUCAGAGCUAGAUAAUGUUAUGUACAAGUGUUGAUGACAAAAUGCAAUAUUUCAUUUGUGGCAAGAAUUUCCCAAAUUUCUGUUGUGGCCAGGCUGGAAUAAAAAUUUUUGUGUAACUGUAGGUUUUGAAGUAGCCGUUUUCCUUGUUUUUCCAUCCUGUGUGUAUGGAUUGUUUUUUUAAAGGCUGAACUGUCUACCAAACUGGAGAUAUCUCCCCCAGGUUAAGCAAACGGUCUAGCUCUUUAUGCAUUGAGCAUCAAAUGUGCCUCGUAAGCAACUACUAAAAAAUCACCAUGGAAUAUGUCACACUGGUUACACUUGUCUGAAAUGCUUUGUGUUAGCAUCUUCAUAACCAAGAGGCUGGUUCACAUGGGAUAUUUCCUUUCACAUGCCGAUGUUCAUAGGAAGUGAAAAAAGCUAGCCAGGAUCAUUUAGAAUCUGCAGUGACCGUUAAAGCAAGUAGACAGCCACAGAUUGCCUACACGUCUUCAAGGUAGGAUUCUGCAGUUGGAUGUUAAAGGCAGGCAAUAGGCAGGUAACAUGUAUGCUCAUAAUGUAUGUGAUUGGAUUUAAUACAAAGGUCACCGUAUGUAUUAAAACAACCAACUUAAUUCAAGUUGAUUUUUAAUUGUAAUUGAAACAGAAAUGCUGUAUUUUGGUCACAGAUCACAAAAUAAAAGAUCUUGGUUGGAGCAGCGAGCGUGCACACUAUUGCCCACACAGCUUUUCAGUGAGCUUUAAAACCUCUAGCAUGGCAUGAUUCCUGCUUUUGUUAGCUCCAUAGAGCUAAUGAAAGAAGAAGAAAACCUCUCUGGCUGUCUGAUUGACCAUGGUUAUAAACGUGUGAUUUCCGUUGAAGCUGUCACAAGCUUAUGUGUGUGCAGUGACCCCUUUAAGAUAAUUACAAAAAACGUACACAUACGGAAUAGUAUGAUGAAUAUUCUAGAGCAGUAUUGUUUAGCACUUACCUAAUCUGUUCAGCUCUAUGCUAUAACAUUGGUUCACCAAAAAUAUUUUAUGUAUUCAGCCUUUCUUCUCUCUAAAAUGACUGCUGUAAUUUUUUGUUGGUGCUCUGUGCAUUAAUGUAAAAUUUUUAUCACAUUUUGCAAUCGUAUUUUCCUAAUAUCUAAAAGAUCAGGCCCUGUUAACUGUAUAGCAGACUUUAACCAUUAAUUAUGUGACAACCCAAUCGACUGCCCACUGUUUAUUACUUGGCAAAUUGUGUAGUAUUUAUUUCACCAGAAGAUUAGAAUUGUAGAUCCCUCUAAAAAGGGAUCAGAAUAAUAGGAAACACAUGGGGAAUGGGGCACACAAAUAUAAAGAAACAACAAGGAAGAUUGUGAGCCAAUCAUAUGACUUGUGAAAAGAUGUUUAAAAUGUAAUUUCAUGUAUAGCUGGCAUUUUUACAGUUUUCCUUAAGCAAUCUGUCUUUGUGUAACUGUGUCAAGGGUUGCAAAUAGUGCCUCGUAUCUUGUGUGUGCAGUUAUUCUUCAGCACCUUCUUCUCCUUAUCUGUCCUCUUCCUUUCCCUCGAUUACGAUCCACUCCACUGGAGUUAAGGGGGGGUCGUAUUUUCUUUGUCUGGAUGGAAAACUUGAUCAGGACUCCAGGAAUGAUCCCCCUUGCAGGUUGUUGUGCACAGUGUACAAAAGCAGAUUAUCUGUGACCCAGAUAAAGUAAUUAGAAUUUAGUCAGACACUUACAGACAUGGGUUCGGAUAAUCUAAUUUCCAAAAGUUAAAAAGGUCCUCAUUCCUUAUAACAUGACCAGAUGUUUCAAUUGGGAUACAUCCUUCAAGAAAACUAAUCUCUAGCCUAAUUUUAAGGGAUUAUGGUGAUUGUUUCUGUAUUGCAAGUAAAAUGUCUUUGAGCUUCUUAUAUUUUAUAAAAACAAAUGCAUGCUGAAAUACUUCAGCAAUUUUAUGCAAUUUCUUUUUGGUGUUUGCAUGUUUGGCCCUUUUUUUACCUUCAGUUGUGAAUGGUGUGUUGUAUUGUCAUAAAAUACUGAGAGGAGCUUAACCAGGAUCUCUUUAUUCUCAGUCUCCCCUUCACAACUGAACUAUAACCUGUGACCUAUUUCCUGUUCCAGGUUACAUGACAAGAUUUAAAGUGAACCAACACAUUAACUAUUUAAGGUAGAGCAGUGCAGUUAAAGGACCACUAUAGUGCCAGGAAAACAUACUCGUUUUCCUGGCACUAUAGUGCCCUGAGGGUGCCCCCACCCUCAGGGACCCCCUCCCGUCCGGAUCUGGGGAGAGGAAGGGGUUAAACACUUACCUUUCUCCAGCGCCGGGCGGGGAGCUGUACUCCUCCUCUCCUCCUUGCUCGCGACGUCAUCGGCUGAAUGCGCAUGCGCGGCAGGAGCCGCGCGCGCAUUCAGCCGGUCGCAUAGGAAAGCAUUUGCAAUGCUUUCCUAUGGACGCUUGCGUGCUCUCACUGUGAUUUUCACAGUGAGAAGCACGCAAGCGCCUCUAGCGGCUGUCAAUAAGACAGCCACUAGAGGCUCUGGAGGCUGGAUUAACCCUCAGUAUAAACAUAGCAGUUUCUCUGAAACUGCUAUGUUUAUAAAAAAAAGGGUUAAUCCUAGCUGGACCUGGCACCCAGACCACUUGAUUGAGCUGAAGUGGUCUGGGUGCCUAGAGUGGUCCUUUAAACAAUAAACAUUAGAGAUGUCACAAGCAAAAUGACAUAUCAUCACAAAUGGUACUAAUUAUCCCUCCACUAUAGUUUGGUCAUGUUAUGAGAAGCCCUCGAGUCGCACUUUGCAAUCCUUGAUUCUGAAUUGUAUUUUCUACUUCUACAGCAGCUAUAUAGUUUUAUGUGCUCUGGUUGUAUAUUCCUCGAUAUUGUCAGACUUUACAGUGUGUACUCUGCUUCAUGUUCAAAUUGUUUCUAUCAAUAUCUUCCCUUUUCAAUUAACAGAAUGCCAUAUUCCAAUUUAGGACUAAUCACCAGAGGUUUAAGGAAAGGAAAAACUAAAGUUUAGUCAAAGCCCACCUACUUUUCCAAGCAUACAGUUAGUUCACAUGCAUUAGGGACUGUUAUUGUCAUAUUUGCCUGUACUAAAUACACUAAACACUCCUGCCCGCAUAACAUCAGUUAGUGUCUGGGCUUUGUUUUACAUUUUAAGGUUUAAACAAUUUGGCAACAUUUUACACUAAAGUUGGGGUUCUAUUUCUACUAACAUACAUGAUUAUGGCCUCAUGGCCAAAACGUUGUAUUUUUUGUUUUGUCUCCUGGACCAUAACUAAAUAUACCUUAUUCUUCACCCUGCACUGUGUAGCCUGUGGCUCUAUACUUCUGCAUCUCAGCAGAGAACUGUGGUUCUGCAGUAAGAUGUUGCAUGAAAGCAUACAUUAAAGUAGCUGUUACCUCAAAUGUAUAUUUCUCCUAUUGUUUCUUCUUCUCUUAUGAGGUUGGGCUUUCAUGUUUUGGAUGUGUUGUUUCAGCAUAUCCCACAGAUGCUCUACCAGAUUGAGAUCUGGGGAAUAUGGAGGCCAAAGCAACACCUUGAACUCCUUGGUUUCCUUUCUGAAACCAUUCCUGGUCAAUUUUUAAAAUGUGGCAAGAUGUAUUAUCCUGCUAUAAGAGGCCACUGCCAUUGGGGAACACCACUGGCAUGAAGGGCUGCACGUGGUCUACAACAAUCUCUAGGUAGGUGCCAAAGUAACAAUCACAUGAAUGGCAGAAUCCAAGGUUUCCCAGCAGAACAUUGCCCUGUGCAUAAAGCUGACUCAGCCGGCCUGCCUUCUUCUCAUAGUGCAUCCUGCUGUCAUCUCUUCUAAAAGAAGACAUGAUUCAUCAUACCAUGCAACCAUCUUACAUUUCUCCAUUGAAGGUGCUUUUGGCGGUUAACAGGGGUCAUCAUGGGCCAUAAUGGGCACUCUGACCGGACUGCAGCUAUGCAGCCCCAUAUGCAGCACUUUGUGUUCUGACACUUUUCUGUCAUGGCCAGCAUUAAGUUUUUAGCAAUUCGAAGUACAGUAGUUCUUCUGUGUGAACAGACCAGGUGGGCUAUCCUUCACUCCCCAUGUGCAUCAUUGAGCCUUAUAAAUAAAAAGGAUAGCCCUACAGGAUAACUUAAAGCUUUAAAAUGUAACUUUGAUUCCUCAAUAUCAACAUUUCAGAUUGAUUGCAAAUAUUUAAUCAAGAUAAUGAUGUGUUUUUUUUAUAAUAUAUAUGUUACAAACGGUGGUAUUUCGUCUACCCGUUCGUUUUCUUCCCGAACUGCCAGAAGCUGAGUGAUUAUAGCUUAUAGUUCGGGUGUUGAUUCGAACGUUCUCCAGACGAAAAUACAGCAUAGAAGUAAAUCCACCAAGUAAUCAGAUGCAUACCCAAACAUCAGCCUGAACUAGAUGACGGGUACAACAGGAAUGUUUUUAUUCAGGCCAAACGGCCGGCUUUUAUGCAAGACAAGGGUACAGUAUACACACCCACAACAUGCCCCUUACAUUCCUGAGUCACAAUGACUCAAAAUAAAAUAUAAAAUAUCAAAAGUACAUAAUAAAAUACAUAAAUAUUGUAGGGACCCCCACAAAUGGCAUAUCCUCGGAUAGCAUGGAUCUGAGCGCCCAAGUUGUACAAAUAGUGCUCAGAUCCCACAAACAAAUCCGAAUUGCACCUGGGUAAACAUUUGACUGACGAGGCACUUGCCCAAAACAGUUCCAGAGUUUCAUGGGUAGCGGUCGGUCAAUUUCGUGAGUCCCAAUCUGAAGAAAUACACAAACUGUGUCCCUGGCUCAUAGGUAGCGUUUGUUCCCUGGGUUCAUGAGAACAAACCUACCAAACAGCACUCUCCUGGUGGGAAAAGAAGCAGGUGUUCGCGAAGUUGACCAGCGUUUGGGAAGUCGAGUGCCCGAUUUGGAGUUCCAGACACUCGACGACCAAGUCCCGCUGCUGCUUUUUGUGCGCCAAGAUGGCCACCAUUUUCUACAACACGUGUUUGGUUACACGAGCGCUAAUUCCUGUGGUUUUCUUUGAACUUAAUGAGCCAGGGGGGUGGUCGUUGUUCGGUAGAUUUAUCUACCGAACCAAAAAAUAACGAAUGAGAACCAAAGUAUGGAGAGUGCCUUGCAAAAGUAUUCACCCCCUUGGCAUUUUUCAUGUUUUGUUGCCUCACAACCUGGAAUUAAAAUGGAUUGUUUGAGGAUUUGCAUCAUUUAAUUUACAGAACAUGCCCACAACUUUGAACAUGUUUUUUUUUUGUAUUGUGAAGCAAACAACAAAUAGGACAAAAUAACAGUGAGUGUAUGUAUGUGAAAGUCAGCUAGGAUGUCUGUAAGUAAAUGUGUGAAAGUCAGCUAGGAUGUCUGUAAGUAAAUGUGUGUGCCUUUCAAAGUGUCAAAUCAGUGUGUGUGUUAAUAAAUAUAUAUAUAUAUAUAUAUAUAUUAUCGUUUCACUUUUAGAAUAUUGUGAGAGGUGGCACAAGUGCAUUUGCUGUUUAUUGGAAAGCUUUCAGUAGCAGAGCGCUUACAAUGUUUCCCUAAGGUUAUCAAAAAUGUCAGCCUCAGCAGAAGUACAUUGUUUUUCCCUAGUGAUAUUUGUGUUUGUUUUAAUUAUGUUUCUUAGGGUUUUAUUUGUUUGUGUUUACUUGAGCACUCUUUUCUAUUUUCUAUUACAAGAUUUAGUAAUACAGACUCAUUAAUUGAAAAUUAAAAUAGACCCUUGGUAGCCUUAAUUAACUUGUUUAGAAUGGCAUUGGGUUUAUCUUCUCUUUCAUGUUACAUUUACUACCUUUUAUGCUUUUUCGUGGUGUUUUUUUUUUCUUUUACACAUUUUAAGCAUGUUUUAGAGGAAGUUCAGCAAUCCCUCUAUGGCUCUUUUCCAGUUUAUCUCUGGCCACAAGACCGUUCUCCUCUGUAGGCGUAACUUACGAGCUAUUUGCGUCUUUACUGCUUGUUAAUCCGAAAGUAAUGAGUGGGGAAAAUUUGUGUAACAUGCUUCACCUUCCUAAUCUUUUCGUGCAUUUUCUCUAUUUAUUUUGUUUGUUCUAAUCUAAGCCCCAUGAGGUUGUGUGUGUUUCCUGGAAGAUUGAGAAUUGAGAAUACAUCCGUGUUCAGAGAGUGGCUGACUGAGCUCUCAAUCAAGCACAUCUUAUUCUUCUGAUCCACUGUAAUUCUUUAGUCCUUUAUUGGACUAAACAUAUGAUUUUUAUUCCUACAGAUACUAACCAUUAUCUUUAGGCUACAUGACGAAUCAACAAUGUUGUAUAUUGGCAUGAUACCGCUAUUUUUAAAUUUAUUUUUUGCUUUUGUUUUUUCACUCCUUUUAGAAUUUUGAUGAGGCAGCUUGUACUUUUAGAAGCUGCUUUCUCCAUCAGAAGCUGUGACCGCAAUAAAACUAGCAGUGAUAUUCAGUAAACUGAAUAUUUGCAAAUUAUGAAUGAAUAAAAAAAUUAGAAGAUUUGGAAAAAAAUUCCAGCCAUAGUCACAACUCUUGGAUUUAAGUCCCCAAAAUUCCCAGUUUGGUGAAUAACCCUUUUAGUAACACUUUCUUGCAGAGCCCCAAAAGUGCCGCCUAAAUGUCUUUCUUUUUUUAUUUUAACCAUGUGCACAUUGUUCUAUCUCAUGCAUACAAAAUUGUAGAUUGCGCCUACGAGAUGAUUAACAUGUGCGCAUGUUUUUAAUUCUCUAGUGCACAGGAAAUAAAUAUAGUUAACUUGUGCACAUGAUUUAUUCUGCUCAUGAGAUAACUAUGUAGUGGACAGCAGGGCCAUGCUUCUGUAAGCACCUACCUUACUCCCUGAUUACCUAUGCCUGUUCCUGUCCCUGACUGGCCCCUCCAUGGUGGGGCUUCCUGACUUCACUGCCAUGUUGGAGUCCAGCCAGUGAUCAGAGCAGGCCAGCGUCAUCAUCAUGUCCAGAUUUAAUGGGCGCUUUUAAAAUAAUUGUUGGUGGUGGCUAUACUUCUUUCCUUUUAUUUUUUUUUCUACUUUGUAUUAUUUGGGGUUUAGGUAAUGAGCACUGCAUAAAAACACAAAUGUCUCUAUUGAACUUUAUUUUGGUUGGAUAGAUUUUAAAGAAUUUGGAAUUGCAGUCAAUAAAACAUUCUCAGAUUCAUAUAUGCAGUCACCCCUUAUCUGACAGAAUGCAGAAUUAAAAAUAGCAUUAUAUAAAUAUAUCAUAUAUCUUUAUUUUUUUACUCUAAGCACAACUGUAUAUAACUGCCAAUUUGAGAUGGUUCUGAGAGUGGCUUCACUUUAUGACAGGCACUCGGAGCCACCAGUAAGCUUAAAAAGAUAUUCUAAGCUCCAAAGAACUUUAGCUUAAUGAAGCAGUUUUGGUGUAUCGAUCAUACCCCUGCAGUCUUACUGCUCACAUGAAAAAAUUGUUUAAUUUUCAAUUGGUUGUGACAGCACAUUGUAUUUGCUAUAGAAGAUUUUAUCUCCGGCUCUGUUAAUUGAACUUUAAUCACACACAGGAGGCUUGUGCAUGUUCUAUCAUGCUCUUAAGAGUAGGUGAAAAUAUAUUCUAAAUUAAUCAGACUGUGCAUUAAGACAAGUUUAAACAUUUACAGGAAAUGUGCAGGGAGACAUGUCACGCGCAGCGAAAGUGUGACGAUGGCUGUAUGAACAAAAUUAUUUAACUCCUAAAUGAAUUCAGAAUUCAGCAGUUAGAUUUCAUGGACUUGAUCUAUACAACAAAACCACUGCAUUAAGCUAAAAUGUUUUGAUGCUUACAGUGACCCUUUAAUACCAACUUCCUGAUAUCAAUUUUGUCCAAGUCAUAUAUGCGGCAUGAUAAGAAGAUCUGCAGACUGCACUUCCGUGAACCACUGCUUUCCUGAUUGCUGUACAAAUGUGUAAACUGAUAAUUGUUGUGGGAUGGCUGCUAUCAGGUCGCAGUGCGGCUCAUGUAUGAUAAGUGGAACUGUGACUGGGGAAUAAACACCUUAUCCCAUAAACCUUUGCUGACAGAAGUUUAUCGGUAAAAAAAAGACCCUAAGACCAUGGCUGGCAUGUCUCUUCUUGAUUUGCUCAGAACGCAGGGAAAAUGGAGAUUUGUGGGUUAAAUACAAUUUUCAUUGUUCUAAACCUAAGAUCUGCAUUUUAAAGCAUUUUAUUUAAAAGAAAUGUUUACCUUUCUAUUCACUUACAAAAAGCUAAAAUUUCAACUUUGCAUGUUGAAUAAAGAUGAGACUACCUUGUACAAACAACUACAAACUGGUACAUAUUCUCUCCAUUUUAACUUCUUUUUAUUUUGUUUCUUGUGAUGUUUGAUCCAAAUGUUUUUCUUUCUCUAGGAUACAACCACAAUAGAAAAAAUGUCGAACUGCUGUGAAGAAACGUACGUAUAGCUGAAGUACAUCUGUCCUGAAAUAUUUACUUAUAUCUUCUGGCUAUAUAGUAUAUUAGGUCGCAUAGGGGGAUGUUCCAAUACCCCUCUUUCUGAGUACCUAAACAAUUAUUUUAUUUUUUUAUUUUUUUUCUUAUUAAACUGUUUAAGCUAAACAUUCAUUCUAUAUUCAUUAUAAUGGCAAUGAUUGCAGGUGGUCAUAUGCCAAACACUCUUAAUUGGUUUGACUCAUGAGCUACAGAUACCAGGCAAUAGAAUUGUGCUCUAUCAGACCAUAGCCACCAAAUCCUGGAGAAGUCUUUAUCAUCAGAGAUGCUCAAGCUAAGCCCUCCUAUUUUGUACAAUAUUUUAUAGAACUCAUCAAUUAUAUAUAAUAAAUAAAGAUGUAUAGAGAGAGAGAUACAUUUACAGUUUGCACAAGAGCUUAUGUAUGUGCUGUGCCCACGCGUUUUUCUUCAUUGUAAUGUACCAAUCCCUCAAAUGGUUUGAGACACAUUCGUUAUCUAAUGACCCCUCCUUAUUCCCAUGAGAUAACAUUUCAGUAGAAAGGGAAUGCUCUUUAAUAAAUAGAAGGCCACAUUUUCUACCCUGCUUUUGCCCCCAAUUUUGUAAAUCUAAAAAAAAAGUUUUAGUAAACAGCCAUGUUUCACUUUUGCUAAUAUUGGCAAAGCUGUUUCUUGUCUCUUUCUGUUUAGUGUUGCCUAUUUGCUUUUCACCUUCCCACUAGCUUAAAACCGACUGAAGCGAAUGUAAUUGUUUUGUUAUUUAUGGAGUUGGCUGCAGGAAAUACUGUGUGAUUAACUUCAAGGCUUUUCACAAUUUACUCUAGACAGCCUGACUACACUUUCUUUCUCCUUUCUCUCUUCCCCAAAAUCACAUCAACCCAGCACUCAGACUUCUUAAACCAGUCAUGGCUGAUUGCAGUGAAAUGGCUUAUGGCCAUGCUGUUUCAUGUGCAGCAUAUAUUCAGACUUAAUUGUAAUUAGAGAAGGAGAAAUACACAUAGGUAUUCAAACAGUUAGAAUCUGUGUUUCUUUCUUAUAUGAGCUUUGUAUAUAGGGAUUUUGUCUGUGUUUCUUUCUUAUAUGAGCUUUGUAUAUAGGGAUUUUGUCGUCGUCGUGCCCCCUUCUCUUUUUUUUUUAAAUUUUUUUAAUGUACAAAUAUUUUUGUUGUUGAUACAAGAAAAUAGCAUUUUGCAGGGAUCAAAGUGGAUAGAAGGGACUUGCCACUGUGUUAGUGACAUGUAUUCUUGUCAUCCCGGGAUUGUCUACAACUUCAGAAGUUGCCCUCCGUUGAUUGACAAUAAAGUUUCAGUCCCUGCUAGGUGGUCUUAAAACGCAGCUGCAUGUCACAAUGAAAGGAAAGCUGCAUUCGUGAUGCUAGGAAACACAAUUCAUCUGAGCUUUCUAAUAGAUCCCCAGCCAACCCUGUAUUGUCUACGUUGACUGAAGUGCACCAUGGGAAUGCUGUCUUUCACUAAUAAUGCUGUCUUCUGUAGAUCGAGAGCUCGAAAACCAUGGCAGCAGACCUUCUCAGAAGUUUUUGGCACUCGCUGGAAGAUCCUGUGGUUUAUUCCUUUCAGGCAGAGGCGACCACUGCGAGUCUCCUACUACUUUGCCAAUCAUGUCUAA